UGCUGAUUUGCUGAUAUAUCUGUUCAUGCCUCCCAGUAGGCGCAGCGUUUGUCAUAUUUUUGGCUUUUUAAGUUGCUUAAAAGCUUAAUUUUGGCAUGGAAACAGAUACAAAUUCAGCCCCCGACACUGCUGUGGGCACAACUGAAACAGAUGAUUUCGUGAAGGUAAAGUCUAAAAAGAGUCAGAAGUGAAAAUGUGACGGAGUGGACAUGGAGACGGAAGAUUCUGGAGCCAGCAAGAGGCCGCAGUUUGUGCCGAUUUCAGGCGAUAAAAUAAAGGGACCCGAUGAGGUGCGUAAAAUCCCAGUUCCAGCUCACAGAUACACCCCGCUGAAGGAAAACUGGACAAAGAUUUUCACACCAAUUGUUGAGGUCCUCCACCUUCAAAUCAGGUUCAACCUCAAAAUGAGAAACGUUGAAAUCAGAACAUGUAAACAUGUAGAUCAGGACAUCAGCUCCCUGACAAAAGCAGCAGAUUUUGUUAAAGCAUUUGUGUUAGGAUUCAAAGUUGAAGAUGCCCUCGCUCUCAUCAGAUUGGACGAGCUUUUCCUGGAAAGCUUUGAUGUUACGGACGUGAAACCUCUGAAAGGAGACCACUUGUACAGAGCCGUCGGCAGAAUAGCGGGUAAAGGAGGAAAAACCAAAUUCACGAUUGAAAAUGUCACAAAGACUCAAAUAGUUUUCGCAGAUACAAAAAUUCACAUUUUAGGCUCCUUCCAGAAUAUCAAGAUGGCUCGAACAGCAAUCUGUAAUCUGAUUUUAGGAAGUCCACCUUCAAAGGUUUACGGAAACAUCAGGAUGGUUGCCAGCAGGGCAGCGGAGAGAUUCUAAAAACUGACUGGCUGCUGUUUACCUUCAUCCUUUCAUGCUACUCUGUCGGUUACUCAGAUUUCUGUGUAAUAAGCUUGUGACGGGGAAAAAA